AUGGGUGAUUGGACCUUGAGUUUUGCAUUUAUGGAAGUGACAUUCCGCGUCCUCAUCUGUGGUAGUCAGCAGAACGCCUACUUCCAGCAUCAACGAUGGCUCUCAUCGUUGACCACUGUCUACACUUUGAGUGCAAAUGCUCUCAACAUCCGUCCACUUCCAGGACCGAUGAAUGAUGGGCAGAGACUAAUGGGAUCGAGUGGUCAUAGCGGUCCAGCCCGUGUGUACGGGCAUCAUGAGUAA